CGACGAACAAGGCAUGGUAAUCGGAGCAGCCGUGCCCCUGGAGCCAGGCAGGACGCGGAGGAUCUUUGUCUGUGGCGGAACAGGUCAAAAAGAAAGAGGCGCCGUUGAUCUCACUGCGUCACUUCCUUCUGCUGUUAUUUUGCAGGCAGCCAGGGCGGUGGUGCCAUCUCGCUGCUGCUCAGACACAAGAACACCGUCGUGCGGACGCUCACACGCAACGCAAAGGUUGGCGGCGCGCACACACACACAGAGGGAGAGAGGGAGGUGCAAUUGCACAUUUGCAAAGCCCUGUUGUUGUAUAUGUGUGUGUGUGCAGAGCAAUGCUGCCCUGCAGUUGAUGAGCAGAGGGGUGGAGGUGAUCGAAGGCGACCUCAAGGAUGGUGAGAUCCGGCGAGCCUCUCGGUGUGUUAGUGAGUCGUGUGUGUGCGUGUGUGCGCAGAGAAGCCGGUGUGCGAGGCUUUGAGUGGGUGCGAGGGGUGCUUUGCCUCCACAUACUCUGACCAUGACGGCACCGAGGGCCAGUGCGGCCGCAACCUCUGUGCUGCCAUCAUCAAAAACCAGGUCAGGCAAUGACAAACAGCCACCAGAAGGCGCACACAGCUAACGAUGUCGCCAUGAUUCAUUCGUUCGUGCAGGUGUCGCUUGUGGUGUUCUCGGGUGGCGAGCGGAUAAACGUCGAGGGCAUGGACAACAAGGUGUGCCACCCAUCCAUCCAUCCACAGUGAUGCCCUCUCCUCUCGCCGUCUGUCUGUGUCAUUGUGGGUGGGUGGGUGGGUGGGUGUCACUGCCAGGCUGAAAUAGAGGACCUGUGGAAGCGGAUGAUAGCCGAGGCGCGCAAGGAGAAGGGCAAGGGGUGGGUGCAGCCGCGGAUCGUCUUCCUCCACUCGGCAUUCUUCAUGGAGAACGUCGUCGCGAAACGGGGAACCAAAAGGGUCAAAGUCGACCAGUAAGCUUGCUUACACAGGAGGCCGGACAGGACACCGACAAGACAAGUGGCUGGAAGGUCAUUCGUCCUUCCCUUCUUGCUGCUGCUGCUGCUGUGUGUGUGUGUGUGUGUAGCGACCGUCGUCACUAUGAGUUCAGUGUGCCGCUAAAGCAGCACAUGAGGGUCCCCAUGAUCGGCGGAGACGACAUCGGCAAAGUGGCCGCAGGUAUUUAUGGCUCACAGACACAGACACCCAGCCGGCCCAGCCACCUUUCUUCCCUCCUGCUCUUCCUCGUGCGUCAGCGAUCCUUGCGGACCCGGAGAGGAGUCUCCAUGACACCGACAAAAUCCCUUUCCCAAGUGUACGUGACCUCCCCUGACACCACACCACACUAUGGUGGCAGGCUGCAUCUCCCUCUUUAUCUCUCCCGUGUGUGGGAAAUGUCGAUCGAUCAGAUGUGGGAGAUCAAGAUCGCAGGCGACGCAGUGACCCCCCAGCAGUUCGUCGACACCUUCCUCAGACUCAAAAACAGAAACAGAUCCGAGCAAGACAAAGUGAGCGGCGACCCACCCAUCCAUCCAUCCAUCCAUCCACACGCUCACUCUUGACACUCCUCUCUCUGUUGCGUUGCAGGUGACAGGCGAGUACAGGGAGUUUUCGCUGCAGUUUUUCCGCAGUCUGCCGAUCCCCGGUGCGCGUCUGAUCGUUGGCAUGUACGAGUGGUACCACCGAGGUUGCCCCGGCCACGAACGGGACCCCGAGAGGUGCCGGCAACGAUUCCCAAUGCUCCGCUCUCUCGAGCAGUGGAUGAUUGGUACGCAGGCAGGCAGGCAGACUGACAGACACGCACAGGGCGGGCGGUCAUGAUGUGUUGUGUGGUGCAGAUGAGGGUUUGGCGCUGAUUGAGGCGAAUGCGUAUGAGGACACGGUGUGGCACCGGCUGGAGCAGGCUGCUCAGAGCCUGCUCAUCCAGCUGUAUGGCCUCUGGAUGUCUGUCAACUGUUUUGGCGGCGGAAAGUGAAAUGAUGGGCUAGAUAGAUAGAUGGGGGCAAAUCGGUUGUUUGUGUGUAAUGAUGUACUAGGUACUUUCUUUCUGUAGUUUUUGCGUCCGUCGGUGUCGUUCCUCUUUAUGAGCGAGGCUGUAAUUUUGGUUGGCUGGUUGGUUGGGCGGGUGGGUGUCCAGAAAUCAUUUUGUGUGUGCAGCAGCUGACGUAAUUCGGCACAGCCAAACAGACAUCCGUAUGUGUGUGUGUGUGUGUUGGUACUUGACCGUGAAUCAAAGCAUGUAAUUAGAAUGAAGGUGUCCUGUCAGACACGGGGAGCCGUGGGCAAAUACCAGAGGGAUUCGUUCAAUCACAUACGGUCAUCAUGGGUUCAAUUCCUCCAGUGGACCCAUGCUGCAAGUUUCGGGGGGAAGUCUAGACUAGCUACCCUAAGGAUCUCACUGGACUGUCUGCAAAACGGAUCUCACUGGGCGCGCCGCGAGGACCAGCCGAGGAGCGGCACUAGGAUGCGUAGGGUAGCUGCCGUGAAACCGUGCAAAGGCUGAGGACACAGAGGCGUGCGAUCGGUCGAUCGGAGUGUGAUCGUGCGUGGCCAGUGUACAUGAAUCGGACUCGCAAAAGACUCG